AUGCGCUUCAUAUCCUUUCUGGCCUUGGGGACUUUGGCCCUCAGUGUCACGGCGCAGGAUGGUCGCGUAGUCUAUGCCAGGCAGAACGAGUCUUCUCCUGAGUCCUCGGUUGAAUAUUCGGUUGCUCCUGAGCCGGCAUCUUCGUCUGCCCCCUCGCUCAAACCCGAGGUGGACUCUUCGCCGCUGCCAGCGUCUAAACCUACCGCUGAGCCUGUCUCCUCUGUUGUAGCGCAAACGGAGCCCACGCCCACCGACGCAGAGAAGAAGUCACCAACCUACGACACCAAUACUGAUGACUGCAAGCAUUGGGGUUCCAAAUGCCCGUGGGGCGAAACGGUUACAGUCACCGAAAAGAAGACUGAAACGGUCGUGGAGAAGAAAACAGAGACCGUCACUGUCACUUCCAAGCAGACAGAUGUCCAUACAGAUGUUCAGACAAAUGUUGUGACCAAGACGGUUACUGAGAAGGAACCUGUUGUAUCCACCCAAGAGCCAAAGCUCAUCCAAAGCAGCAUCACGGUCGUUUCCAAGGAAACAGUCUUUACGACGGAAGGAUACACGACCACGGAUUUUGAGACCCGAACCGUCAUCAAGUCAUACCCGGUUACAACCACGGUUGCUCUGUGCAAGCCCGUUGUCGAACCAGUUCCGACAUACGCGGCGCCAACAACCAAUGGCGGCUAUGGCAGGAAGAAGCGCACCCACCCCGAAGUCUGCGAGACUCGCACAACGACGAUCUGGAAGACCCUCACCGAGAGCUUCACAGUACCUCUGACUGUGACUCAAGGCUACACCAAGACCCAGAAGGAGAUCGAGACUCAGAAGUACACCGAGACCAAGAAGCACACCGAGACGCAAAAAUUCACGGAAACUCAAGAGGUUACUGCCACCAAGAUUCACACCUCUAUCUCGACGUUUGUGACGACGCACGUUUUGACCACCGUCGUGCCAACUACCGUCGUUUCCAGCUCCACCAUAUAUGUGACUAAGACCUACACGACUGUCGAAACUCGGACGAAGAAGUUUUACUUUACGGACACCGUGACGCAAAAGUUCACCCAGACGCAGAAGUUUACAGACACACAGCGGUUCACUGACACGGCCAUCGUUACAAAGAAGAUUACUGACUUUGCGACCAUCACAAAGCCAGUGACUAGGACGGCCAUAGUAACCUCGGUAUUUGUGUCUCCGACGACGAUCAUCUCGACUUUUGCCUACACAACUAGCAUCCCGUACACCAUCACAGUCGACCACACCAUAACAACAACAGCCUGGUCAGUCUCGACGUACUUCAGCUACAAAACCUACACCACGUCGGCGACUGUGACUGCUUCAUUCACAGAGGUCCAGACGCGGACGGCUACUGCCACAAGAACGGCCACACUGACGGAGAGAUACACGUCGCCCACCACCAUCUUCGUGUCGACAACCUUCUAUGACACCAUCACUCUGUCAACAAGCUACCCAGUGACAGUGACGGAUGAGAGAACGGUUCGGGAGACAUCCUACAUCACGAGCGUUCGGACAAUCGUUUCUGAAGUCCCGGUCGUAUCCUACGUGACGCGUACGAGGACCGCUACAGCUCUCUCGACUGUCGUGGUCCCAACUACGAUCCCCGGAGAGCUCACAACCAUUCUGGUCCCCACCACCAUCGAGGGCGAGCCCACUACGAUUCUGGUUCCGACGACGAUCCCCGGAGUGGUCACUACUGUCCGGGUGCCGACAACAAUUUCUGGCGAGCUCACGACGGUAGUGGUCACUACUACCAUCGAGGAGACGAUCCUGGUUCCAACCACGCUUUCUGGAGAACUCACGACCAUUCUAGUCCCUACAACCAUCGAGGGCGAGCCCACUACGAUUCUGGUUCCUACGACGAUCCCCGGAGUGGUCACUACUGUCCGGGUGCCGACAACAAUUUCUGGCGAGCUCACGACGGUAGUGGUCACUACUACCAUCGAGGAGACGAUCCUGAUUCCAACCACGCUUUCUGGAGAGCUCACUACCGUUCUGGUUCCAACCACGAUCUCGGGCCAGGCGACGACCAUCGUCGUACCAACCACGCUUCCCGGCCAGCUCACGACUGUACUGAUAACCACGACGAUCGAGGAGACAAUACAGGUGCCGACUACCAUUUCUGGUCAGCUCACGACGAUCCUGGUUGCCACCACCGCAACUGCAACAAUCCGGCCGCCUCCUGAGACGAUCACACUAGCAGGGUCGACAAUUAUCUCGACAAUCGCGGGACAGGUCACAACCAUCCAACUGCCAGGGACGACUUUGACUCUCCUGACAACAGAUGUCGUUACGUUGCCCCCUUCUACGACCACUCUACCUGGUUCGACGGUGGUGACGACUGUCACUGAAACAGCCCCUGCUUCCACCGUGAUUAUCACAGAGGACGGGACCACUAUCACGAGUGUCAUCCCUGGCCCAACGUCCGUUGUCACUUCAACCUUGAUCCUCCCGCCCAUCACUCUGACGCUCCCUCCUUCGACCGUUACCCAAACUGACCGGACGGCUUGCCCUGCCCCUACCAACACCCCUGGCGUCAACCCUAUUGUCGAAUUCAACCCCAGGUCAAACCUCACCUGGGGCUGCCAGCCUGGAUACGUCUGCAACCCCCCCAAGCCGGCCGGCUGCAGCUUGUGGGCCGACUCGCCAGCAGAUGAUUACGUCUGUAACCCAAGAGACUGUAUUCCUGCGCCGUCGUACACCCUGGCCACCUGGAAAGAAAACGAGACGCAUUACUACCCCCCUAACGAUGGAUACUUCAACCUAAACCCCAACGCAUUUGGUCUUCCCUAUGACAUCUUUGACUACGAUGUCAUCGUCACCAAAGUGAAGGGCAAGAAGGGCCACAAGAAGACCACCACCAUCACGACUGGCAACUGGGCCUCCGCCACUGACCUGACACACUUCCCGCCCCCAGCAAAGUCCACAGUGACAGUAGCGCCGGCCCCUGUGUCUUCUUCAUAUGAGGACGGCAAGCAUACUGCCCAGCAUCACAAGGAAGGCAGGGUCUACGAGCGCCGCUCGCUUCUUAACAAACGUGACGAAACGAUCGUUCCGGCCAUCUGCUUCGACACCUGCAACAAUUGCUACAUCGAGGUACAGUCCACCGGCAAGAUCACUAGCAUCUGCAGUCCCACAUCGGCCUUCCAGACGGACUUGGCGUCGUGCAGGCAGUGCGUCAGGGAGAACGUCGAGGACGAAAAGGAGACUUUGCGGGUCUACCUCGAGCCCAAGUUCCAGCAGUUCAUCUCGUUCUGUGAUGGCGAGGCGCCCCAGAGCCCGACUUCUGCGACUGUGCUGCCGCCCCAGAGUCAGGUGAGCUCGGCCAUCUUGACCACGGCCAGCCAAGACGCCGGCUCUACAGAGACUUCUGCGGUGCCCAUCCCGGACACCACCACCACAACGCCCGCCGAAGCACCAACCUCGCAAACUCCAACACCGACUCAAACCGUUUCCCAGAGCACAGGCACCGUCGUCUCUUCAGCUUCCUCAGCUGUCAGCCCAGCAGAGACCUCUGAGGCGUCGUCGACGGUUACCGCCACGUCUGGCUCCACAAUCGUGACCGCAACUAUUCCGGCGUCAACCGUGUUAGGAACGUCGGCCGGAAGUGCCUCUGAUCCCGCCGGAAGCUCCCUUGCGAGCGUCUCCACAGGCGAUUUGACAUCUUCGACGGGAAGCCCUUUGACGGCAUCGUCAGGCACCGCAACAAGCGGCGCUAGCUCAGCUUCCACCGCGACGGGCGGAACUGGUGGAUCAGCCUCCGGAACGCAAGACCCCUCAUCGACCGUAUCAUCUCCGGGCACUGGCACCACCGGACCCGUCGUCGUCCCGACGGGCACAGCGGCGAAAUCCGCAGCCUCGACCCUUUUCGUCAUCAUCGCGCCGCUUUUAGCUCUUCUGAUCAUCUAG